AUACUGUAGUUUACUUCUUGAGUAUUAUACAUUUAUUGUUACUUACCCUCGAUGUAUAUUUAUCAUUACUAUUAUUAUUUCGAGGGCGAGAAAUAAUAUUUAGUACAGUAUGUGCAGAAAUGUUAAAAAAAGUCAAUAUUUGUGAAAGUUCCUUGUGUACGUGAUCGAGAGUUGUUUUGAGAUUUGGUUUAUAAAAUAAUCGUAAAAUGCAUGACGCAUACGAAGCACUUUUGAUGCUAAAAUUGGGUGUGCAAAUAGAAUCUAUGACAGCUUAUGAUGAUUACUUAUUAAUUGGAACUAGGGAAGGUCAUUUGUUAAUGUACAAUGUUGCUUCCAACUCAAAUGAUCCUAAAAACAAUGAGAACAAAAAUCCAUCACUCUACCGUUAUAGUAAAAAUUUCAGCAAAAAACGAAUUGUACAAAUGGCUGUAGUUCCUGAGUACAACUUACUAUUGUUAUUGACAGAUAACAUUUUGUGUAUCCAUGAUUUAAAUUCAGCUAAUUUAAAUCAAAUCAGCCAGUUACAAAAAACUAGAGGAGCUACAUUAUUUGCUUUAGAUGUACAAAAACAUGAAACUAUGACAGGGGAAAGUACCGUUGUGAGGUUGUGUGUUGCUGUUAAACGAAAACUGCAAUUGUAUUAUUGGAAAGAAAAGACAAAAUCUUUUGAAGAAAUUUUUAGUGAAGAAGUAGGUGGUACUGACGUACCUAGAGAGUUGUCAGUUCCAGAUAUACCUCGAGAAUUAGCUUGGUGUGGAGCAACAUUAGUCUUGGGUUUUCGUGGAUUUUCAUAUACUUUGAUGGAUUUUCAAGGCAAAUCAAAGGAAUUGUUUCCAACUGGAAAAUCUCCAGAACCUAGUAUUACUAAGCUUUCUGAUAACUCUUUUGUACUUGGAAAAGACUCCCAGUCUGUUAUAAUGGGCACUAAUGGUGAACUUAUACAGCACAAUCCUGUUAAAUGGUCUGAUUUACCUAGUGCUUUAGCAUGGGAUGAUCCUUAUCUACUUGGUAUUGUGCAUGAUAGUCUUGAGGUGUAUACUUUAGAAAGUCGUAUGCAUAUUCAGACCAUACCAGAUUUAAAUAAAGCUAGAUUAAUAUGCCGCUGUAAGCAGGGAAGAGUUUAUGUUGCAUCAAUGAGUCAAGUAUGGUCUAUUAACGCUACUGACUUUACCCAACAAAUUAGAAUACUGCUUGAGCAAAGUCAAUUUCAAUUAGCUCUUAAACUUACUAAUCUGUCUGAUUUAUCAGAAGAAGAAAAAACUAAAAAAACUUACAGAAUACAAACUCUUUAUGCUCAUCAUCUAUUUCGUAAUAAAAAGUUUCGGGAAGCUAUGGAACAAUUUUUGAAACUAGGCACAGAUCCUUAUGAAGUGAUAAGACUUUUUCCCGACUUGGUAUCUCGACCGUCAAAUGAAAAUGAACCAAACGAGCCAGAACCUAAUUUGCCGAAACUUCAAGAUCGCGAUUUAGAAAGCGGUUUACUGGCUUUGAUAGAUUAUUUGACAGAAGUAAGAUUCAAACUGAUAAAUGAUGAUGCUAAAGAAAAGGAGGCGGGCGAGAAGGGAAAAAGAAAGAACGUACCUCAAAGUGAUAAAAUGAAAAAUAUGACAGCUGUGGCAACAGAACAAUUGUUGAAAAUUAUUGAUACGACUUUGUUGAAAUGUUACUUGCAGACAAACGACGCAUUAGUAGCACCAUUAUUGAGGCUAAAUCAUUGUCAUUUAGCAGAGGCUGAAAAAACACUACUUCAGCAUCAAAAAUAUCCAGAACUAAUAAUUUUAUAUCAAACCAAAGGACAACAUAAAAAAGCUCUCGAACUCUUAGAAAAACAAUCUAAAGAAAAUGAUUCUAGUCUGAAAGGAACUGAAAGAACGAUUCAGUACCUUCAACAUCUUGGCAAAGACCACAUGGAUCUUAUUCUAAAAUUUACUGGCUGGGUGUUGGAACAAGAUCCUGGAGAAGGUUUAAGAAUUUUUAUGGAGGAUGUGCAGGAAGUCGAACAUCUUCCAAGGCCAAAAGUAUUAGAUUAUCUUCUGCGUUGUCACGAGGGUUUGGUGAUUACUUAUCUAGAACAUGUCGUGCACGUUUGGGAAGACAACAAUCCAUUAUUCCACAAUAUUUUAGUACAUCAAUACAAGGAGAAAUGUCUAGCAGCUUUGAGUCCGACGGCAACACCAGCAGAAAAGCAGAACGUUCAGCAUAUUCGUCAAAAACUUCAGCAGUUCCUCGAAAAAUCGCAGCAUUAUACACCAGAAACAGUCAUGAGAGAUUUCCCAUUCGAUUGUUUGUACGAGGAGAGGGCUAUCAUUCUAGGACGAUUGGGUAAACAUCAACAAGCAAUUUCGAUUUACAUCAAUUUGUUGAACGAUGUACCUAAGGCGAUACAAUAUUGUAAUAAUGUUUAUACGAGAUACCAGAAUCAAAGCCAAACUGAAAAAGCCAAGCAGAAAGACAACACAGAAGUCUAUGUAACUCUUAUUCGUCAAUUAUUACGACCUGACGAACGCGAUGGCAAUGUAGAUUUAGUCUUCGACUCUACACCUCGAACAGCUCAACCAGACUUAGAAACAGCUUUAGAACUUUUAGAAGAACAUGCACCGAAAAUUGAACCUUUGAAAGCUCUUGAAGUAUUACCUGAUUCCUUACCGAUCGGUAGAAUUAGACACUUUUUAGAAGCUAGUAUGCAGAAUAAUAUAAAUGAAAAACGUAGAAUACAGGUACUUAAGGGCUUACUCUACGCAGAACAUCUACAGGUACAAGAGCAAAGAAUGCACUACGAAUCUCAGAAUGUUCUCAUGACAGAAUUCAAUAUCUGCCCGGUUUGCAAAAAAAGAUUCGGCAAUCAGAGCGCAUUCGCAAGGUACCCGAACGGUGAUAUAGUGCAUUUCUCCUGCCAAAUCCGCAAGAUGUAAGAAGACACCUUAUAGUAAAAGCUCUAGUGCAAUUGUACAUAGAGAAUUCCGUUGCAUAAUGCAGCUGCCGAGGCAAAAAGUCGCUCACUCGCUAUAGACGACUGCGGCUGAUUCGUAGGCUGGGGCGUGACCGGCUACUCGCCAAGCGAUGAUGUCAUAGUCCGUAUCUUAUAUUGUUACGCUUGUGUGCCGACGUGAUACCGUACCAGGCACGUAACUCUAAUAAUCUGAACCCUUUUUUGUACAUAUUAAUGCAUUUUUUUAUUAUUGCUAAACUGCAAGGUCUAAGAUUUUUUAAUGCAUGAAAGUGGAUACAUGGAUCCUUUUAUCCUACAUAUUUUUGUAUUAAUUGUGGUAUGAAAAUGCAUUUUAAUUUAGCGAAGUGUUUGAGUUCGGUACUGUGGAUAUUAAUAAUGUAAGAGAAUUUAUGAUCUAUUAUAAUAUUGUACAAAUACUGUAGAAUGGUUUAUUCACGAACAUCAUUUGUAA